UCUCCCCAGGAGCCAGGAGUAACAAAAGCUACCAAUGGGCUCCACAAAGCUCAUUGCCAUGGCAGCGACUCUUCUACCCGCUUUCCUCGCCCUCCAUCUACACGCCCCAGCAGCAAUGGCCACCGCGGCAGGAAGCUCCAACUCCAACCUCUUCCGCGACUACAUCGGCGCCCUCUACAACGGCGUCAGGUUCGCCGACGUGCCGGUCGACCCGCGCGCCCGGUUCGACUUCAUCCUCGCUUUCGUCAUCGACUACACCACCGCGACGGAGCCCCCGUCCCCGACCAACGGCCGGUUCAACGUCUUCUGGCAGGACACGGUGCUCACCCCUGACGCGGUCGCCGAGGUCAAGCGGCGGAACCCCAACGUGCGCGUGGCCGUCAGCCUCGGCGGCGCCACGGUCAACGGCAGGCCCGUGUUCUUCAACGUCACCUCCAGCGUCGACUCCUGGGUCCGCAACGCCGUCGACUCGCUCACCGGCAUCAUUUGGCGGUACGGCCUGGACGGCAUCGACAUCGACUACGAGCAGUUCCAGGUGGACCCGGCCACCUUCGCCGAGUGCGCCGGCCGUCUCGUGGCGGCGCUCAAGAGCAGCGGCGUCAUCAGGUUCGCGUCCAUCGCGCCGUACGGCAACGCCGACGUGCAGCGCUACUACCGGACGCUGUGGGCGGCGCACGGGGCCGCCAUAGACUACGUCAACUUCCAGUUCUACGCCUACGGCGCUAGCACCACCGCGGCGAAGUACGUCAGCCUCUUCGACGAGCAGAUCGCCAACUACCCUGGAGCCAACAUCCUGGCCAGCUUCACCACGGCGGCGACGAACACCUCGGUGCCGGUGGACACUGCGCUUAGUGCUUGCCGGACUCUGCAGGGGCAGGGCAAGCUCUACGGCAUCUUUGUCUGGGCUGCAGACCAUUCCAGGAAUCAAGGAUUCAAGUAUGAGACAGAGUCGCAGGCCCUGUUGACUGAUGCCACCACUUACUAGUUACCCACAGCUUCUUGGUUUGAGUAUAUCGAUUUUUUAGUGAAAUCAUAUGGAAUAAAACGAGCAUCCGAUUUUAAUUG